AUGGCCGACACCAUCAUUCAUGCCGAUGAGCUGGGAGAUGCAGGUUCCAUCGAACUCAAGGAGAACACGGUUAUAGUUGUGCUCGGCGCUUCAGGUGAUCUGGCAAAGAAGAAAACCUUCCCAGCACUGUUCGGCCUGUUUCGCAACAAAUUCCUCCCCAAAGACAUCAAGAUCAUCGGAUAUGCCCGAACCAAAAUGGAUCACGCUGAAUACCUGCGAAGAGUUCGAUCCUACAUAAAGACUCCCACAAAAGAUAUUGAGGAACAACUCGACCAAUUUUGUUCUGUCUGCACAUACAUUGCUGGGCAAUACGACCAAGAUGAGCCAUUCCAGACCCUGAACAAGCAUAUCGAAGAGAUUGAGAAGGAUCGCAAGGAGGGCAACAGAGUCUUCUACAUGGCCCUCCCUCCCAGCGUCUUCAUCACAGUCUCGGAACAUCUCAAGCGGAACUGCUAUCCCACAAAAGGUAUCGCCAGAAUCAUCAUUGAGAAGCCAUUCGGCAAGGAUUUGGCAAGUUCACGGCAGCUGCAGAAGGCCCUCGAGCCUGAUUGGAAAGAAGAAGAGAUCUUCCGUAUCGACCACUACCUCGGGAAGGAAAUGGUGAAGAACUUGCUCAUCCUCAGAUUUGGUAACGAGUUCCUCGGAGCGACCUGGAACCGCAACCACAUCGACAACGUCCAGAUCACGUUCAAGGAGCCUUUUGGCACCGAAGGACGAGGUGGCUAUUUCGACGAGUUCGGUAUCAUUCGUGAUGUCAUGCAGAACCACUUGCUCCAAGUCUUGACUCUCCUUGCUAUGGAAAGGCCAAUCUCUUUCUCCGCUGAAGACAUCCGUGAUGAAAAAGUCAGAGUCUUGAGGGCUAUUCCAGCCAUUGAGCCUAAGAACACCAUCAUUGGCCAAUACGCAAAGUCUCUAGAUGGGACCAAACCUGCGUACAAGGAAGAUGACACAGUCCCCAAGGACUCGCGGUGUCCGACGUUCUGCUCGUUGGUAACAUUCAUCAAGAAUGAACGCUGGGACGGUGUGCCCUUCAUUCUGAAGGCCGGCAAAGCUCUUAACGAGCAGAAGACUGAGAUUCGCGUACAAUUCAAGGAUGUCACCUCGGGUAUUUUCAAGGAUAUUCCGCGCAACGAACUCGUCAUCCGCAUUCAGCCCAACGAAUCCGUCUAUCUUAAGAUGAACUCGAAGCUUCCCGGCUUGUCCAUGCAGACGGUUGUCACUGAGCUGGAUCUUACCUACCGUCGCCGCUUCUCAGACCUUAAGAUUCCUGAGGCGUACGAGAGUUUGAUCCUCGAUGCGAUGAAAGGAGAUCAUUCCAACUUCGUCCGUGACGAUGAGUUGGAUGCCAGCUGGAGGAUCUUCACCCCGUUGUUGCAGUACCUGGACACCAAAAAGGACAUUGUGCCUAUGGAAUAUCCUUAUGGCUCUCGCGGUCCGGCUGUCCUGGAUGAGUUCAUCGCCGCCUAUGGCUACAAAUUCAGCGACGCCGCUGGAUACCAGUGGAACACCCAGAGCACGCCCAACAAGUUGUAG